UUCAUCAAGCAAAACAAAAAAUCAAUCCGUUGGUCCAAAAUGUACAAGAUCAUCCUAGCCGUUACCUGUUUGGCUGCUCUUGCCGCGGCCCUGCCAUAUAAGCAGGUGGCUGAACCAGAAUAUUACGAUCACAAGGACGCCCAUCAUCCCGCACAGUACAAGUUCGAAUAUGGAGUUAAUGAUGGCCACACCGGUGACCACAAGACCCAAUGGGAGCAUCGCGACGGAGACCACGUGAAGGGACAGUACACCCUGGAUGAAGCCGAUGGUGGUCAUCGCGUUGUUGAUUACGAAUCCGAUGCCCAUGGAGGAAUCCAGAUCCAGGUUAAGAAAGUUGGCGGACAUGGCCCAGCUCCAAAGGUGCAUCAACCAGCUCACUACGUGCCGGCCCCGACCGCUCAUCACUAUGGAGGUGAUAGCUAUACCAGUUCGAAGAAUCACCAGUACUAA